AUGCGAAGUGUGUACAACAUGGAAGAUGGUCGUGAUCUUACUCUCGUCGGUGAAGGACGCGUAGAUUCGACUGCUCGUUUUAAGCUGUCGUUGAAGUUCCCCAAGGGGGCCGUGAGAACAGCACAGGCUGUGGCUUCUGCAACUGCGAGAAGGCCGAGGUACAUGGACAGGACGGCAUCCAAUCACCCGACCUUGCAGAAGACGGAGCCUAGACGGCAACCAAGGCUGACACCGGCAAGUCCGCAAGCGAUGGUGCUGCCUGUUCCUUUGCAACUCCGAGUCUCCCUCCAAGAAGCCUGA